CGGGUCGAGCAGCAUCUGUGGAGAGAGAGGAAUAGGUGACGUUGCAGGCCGCGACCCUUCUCCAGAAACACCUUGAGGCUUAAGGGAUCUCCAGCAGUGGAUAUAAUCCUCUCAGGAAUGAACUCCAAGCCAUUGACUCCUUGCAGAGACCAGAGGAAUUAUUAUGUGUGGGGUGAAAGACCAAGAGCAUUGAUGUUUGUUUUAUUUCUGCUCUGAAGCUGUGCGCUGGCACCAUCGAGACAGGCUGCUCAGUUGGGAUAUUGUUGACCGAGGUACAGUGAAAAGCUUCUGUUUGCAAUGAGCUGCCGGCAGCUAAUCAGCUUCACCCGGGCGGUGGAGGAUGGAGACGCUUGGAGGGACGGUGAACGGCGUGUGCCCUACUCUCCCCUCUCCAGGGAGGGAGGGUUGGACGGGGAGCAGGCCAGGAGCUUCUAUGAGAGCGUCCUUGCUUCCAGCAGCCAGGCCAGCAACAGCAGCCGGGCCAGCACCAGCUCCAGUGCAGUCCGUAAACACAAGGCCGAGUGGAGGAGAGUGCGGGCAGGUGGCCCCAGCGGGCAUCAGGUCGAGGGAGGGCAGAGGAACGGGCAUCUGCUGCUGAAAUCUGCUCAGAACGGGGACCUCAAAAUGCUUCGGAGGUUGCUGGAGACAGGAGUGAGCGAUAUAAACUUCCGGGACAGUUACUACUGGACUGCCACCAUGUGUGCAGCGUACAGUGGGCAGCUGGAAGCAGUGAAGUACUUGCUGAGUCUUGGAGCUGCAUGGGUCGGAGUGUGUGACUGCACGGGACGCGAUGCUCUGGAUUUGGCCCGACAGGCUGGACAUGCAGAAAUUGUCACUGCUCUGGAGGAAUAUCACACUCGUCCAGAGGAACAAGAAGACCGCAGGGAGCGGCCGGAGGAGGGGAGGAGGAAACUGUGCCAGGUUUGCGAGCUGGAAUACCGAGAGGACAGUGUGCAGCAACAUGAGAGAUCCACCCUGCACCUUGUGAGCAAGGGCAAUGCUCCAGCACCCACACAUUACUCCAUCCCCGACACCAACGUGGGCUUCCGCAUGAUGCUGCGGGAGGGCUGGGACCGGGAGAGGGGCCUGGGCCCCUGCGGGAAGGGUCGCAAGUUCCCCGUCAGCACCGUGCUGAAGAGGGACCAGCGGGGGCUGGGCUUCGAGAGGGGCCCGCGGCCCAAGGUCACUCACUUCCAGGCCCGCGACCCCGAGGCGGUGCAGCAGCCGCGCGGCGUUCCUGGCCGCGUCCACAGGGUGGCGACUGUGAGCCGCAGGGAGGAGCGGCGCCGGGAGGCCAGGGGCAGGGAGUGGGAGAGGGAUCUCAGAGUCUACAUGGACCUGUAGGUGACCAGAUACCUCUCCAUCUGCCUGGUGUACAUGGAGCACUGAUCCAUCCUCCAGCACCGAGCCUCUGCUCUCAGACAUCCCCACUGUUCACCUCUCCCACUUCACCCCAACCCUUCCCUCUCCCUCCUCUCCCACCCCUCUCACUCUCCCACUCCUCCU